AUGAUGACCAAGAAGGAAAACAAGCCACACGUGAUCGUUUUUGCCUUCCCUUUCGGCUCGCACCCGUCGCCGAUGCUCCACCUCAUGCAGCGCCUGGCCGCCUCCGCCCCCGCCGUCGAUUUCUCCUUCUUCAACACGGCGGAGUCUAAUCGUAGGUUUCUUGCAGGCGCAGAUCUCGACAAGUACGGCAACGUGAAGACAUACGACAUCGCCGACGGAGCGCCGGAGGGCCACGUGUUCUCCGGAAACCCCUUAGAGAGGGUCGAGCUUUUCCUCCGGGUGACUCCGGGGAAUUUCAGGGGGCGGUUGGAGGAGGCCGUGGCCGAGAGGGGGUCGAGUGCCACCUGCCUCCUCACGGACGCCUUCUUGUCUUUCUCAGCCGAUGUAGCCAAGGAUUUGGGGAUUCCUUGGGUGGCCUUCUGGACGGCAGGGACGGCUGCACUCUCCAUGCAUUUGCACACCGAUUUGAUUCGCCACAAAUUUGGAGGAAAUGUUGAGGAGCGGACGCUGGAUUUCAUCCCGGGCCUAUCCACAAUACAUGCAUCGGAUCUACCCCCAGAGGUCCUGAACCCGGAGACAGCCUUCUCGCGCCUCCUCCACGCCAUGUCCCUUGUCCUCCCCCGCUCGGCCACAGCUGUCGUCCUCAACUCCUUCGAUGGUGUCGACCCUGAAGUCGAGCGCCACCUCAUCCCCAACCUCUGUAGACUCCUUCACAUAGGCCCCUUUCCUCUCCUUCUACCAACCCCACCUCCCAAUGCUGCUGACAACGACUGCCUGGCGUGGCUGGCACGCCAAGCGCCCGCCUCGGUUGCCUACAUCAGCUUCGGCACCAUGCUGACCCCUCCCCCGCCGGAGCUCCUCGCCCUGGCGGAGGCCCUGGAGGAGAGGCGCUUCCCCUACCUCUGGUCCUUCCGGGACGACUCCAAGAGGGAGGUGGUCAGGCCGUUCUUCGAGCGCAUGGGCUCCCUGGGGAAGGUCGUGCGGUGGGCCCCACAGCGGGAGGUGCUGGGGCACCCGUCGGUCGGGGCGUUUGUGACGCACUGCGGGUGGAACUCGGUGGUGGAGGCGGUGUCGGGCGGGGUGCCCAUGGUGUGCCGCCCCUUCUUCGGAGACCAGAUGAUAAACCGGCGGCGGGUGGAGGAAGUGUGGCGGAUUGGGGUGGGAGUGGAGGGGGGAGUGUUCACGAGGGCGGGCACGUUGAGAGCCCUGGAGGCCGUGCUGUCGGGGGAGAUGAGGGAUAACAUAGGGAGGCUCAAGGAGAAAGGUAUGCGUGCCGUGGCUGAGGGAGGAACUUCAUCGGAGGAUUUCAAGUCCUUGCUGGAGAUUAUCACUGCCUCUUCUCCUCUUCAAGAGUAG